CACACACCGACACGAGCCACCCUCCAAUUUCCGAAUCAUGGCCUUGCCACGCUCCUUGCUGCAGUACAUCUGCAGCCUGGUGUUGUUCGUUGCGUGUGCCCAGGCCCUUAAGUUUGACCUGCAGGCCACAUCGCAAUCACAUGACAGCAAGAAGGAGAGGUGUAUCCGGAACUUUGUUGCCAAGGACACGCUGGUGGUGGUCACAGCGAUUGUGAGCGGUACAAAGGGCGAUGGCAUGCGUGUGAACAUGCAUAUUAGAGAUGCGGUAGGAAACGAGUACGGAAGACCACAGGAUGUCGUUGGCGAGCAGAGGACAGUGUUCACAUCGCAUGCGGAUGCGGCGUUUGACGUCUGCUUCGAGAACCUCUUGACAGGAUCCCGACAGAUCAACGAUCCAAACCGUCACAUCGAGCUUGAUAUCGACAUCGGUGCCGACGCCAAGGAUUGGUCCGCGAUCCAGGCCACGGAGAAGCUCAAGCCCGUGGAGGCGGACCUGCGGCGCAUGGAGGAGAUGGUGGGCGAGAUCGUCAGCGAGAUGGACUACCUGCGCACGCGCGAGCAGAAGCUACGCGACACCAAUGAGAGCACCAACAACCGCGUCAAGUGGUUCGGCUUCACCACCACCUUUCUUCUGAUCGGCCUCUGGGUGUGGCAGAUUCUGUACUUGCGAGCAUACUUCAGAUCCAAGCAUCUCAUCUAGUUCUAGCGCGAGAGAGAGCGUGUAUAUGAGUGGAAACAGAGAGAAAGGAAGAGAAGCUAUCAUCUUGUGUUUUGUUUUCACCGUCAGUGGGCACGGUGGGCAUGGGUGACAUGGUCGAGAAUGAUGUGCAGUUCAUGACCAUCCGGAGUUCAAGAGGCUAAAAUUCGCUUGGCUUGUGCGGAAGAUGCGCUUGAAAACUGGGGGGGGGGGUUUGGUUGGGAAACUUCUCGGGAUUGCGUGUACGCUUUUUCAGGUCUGCAAUGAGCACUCGAUCGAUGAUGAGACGUAAAGAAAGAAAGAGUUCACAC